AAGAGGAGAACAAUGCCUGAGCCAGCGAAGUCCGCUCCGAAGAAGGGAUCCAAGAAGGCCGUGACUAAGACGGCUGGCAAAGGAGGCAAGAAGCGCAGAAAGUCCAGGAAGGAGAGCUAUGCUAUCUACGUGUACAAGGUGUUGAAGCAGGUUCACCCAGAUACUGGUAUUUCUUCCAAGGCGAUGGGCAUCAUGAACUCAUUCGUCAACGACAUCUUCGAGCGCAUCGCCGGUGAGUCAUCUCGUUUGGCUCAUUACAACAAACGCUCAACUAUCACCUCCAGAGAGAUCCAGACCGCCGUGCGUCUGCUUCUUCCCGGUGAGCUGGCCAAGCACGCCGUGUCAGAGGGUACCAAGGCCGUCACCAAGUACACUAGCUCUAAGUAAGAAGUGAGUAAGUGUUUUUCAAACCCAACGGCUCUUUUAAGAGCCACCCACGUUUUCGCAGAAGGAGCGUUUUUCUUUUGUGUCUGUUAAAGAAACACGAUGUUCAUUUGGAGAAAAUGUAACGCAAGUUUCUGUUGUGUUUGAGUCCGUUUUCCCGCGAAAUUUCUUAGUCUGCCUGUAGUUACUCUGUUGCUCGUGUCACACAUCACGCCUGUAGCGUAAUCGUGACUAUAAAUCAUCUACAUAUAAAUUAUUUUCAUUUUCUAUCAAUAUUACCCCGUUUCACGACGCGCUGUACUACAAUCCCCAGCACGCACUGCAGCAUAGUGUGCGUAAUGUAGCUUAUUGUAAUGUGCAUAAUGUGUACUGUAGCCUAUUUUAUUUUUUAAUAUUUUGUGUUCGUUAUGUAGUAUUUCAAGGUUCACUAAAACUGCCUUUAUUUUGAUGUUGGUGUUUUGGCAUGUUUUAAAUAAUCAAUAGCCAGCUCGGGAUAUGGCAAAAUGUUUGAGAUUUUUUUUUUAAUGUUGCCGUUUUAGUGGUCGAGUUUGACACCCCUGCUCUAUUGUGUGGUUAGUGGUAUGUAAUGUACUGAAAUGUUAUAUGAAUGUAUAAGUGCAUACACACAGAAAAUGUAGAGAGGCCUCUUUUAGUUAUGCUUCUAAACUGUGGAACUCAGUUUCACCUUUUAUUAGAGAGUCAAGUUCAGUGCACACUUUUAGGAAACAUCUAUUUUUUUCCCUUUUCUGCCUUUACAUGCAUGUGUAUUUAUGAAUAAAAAAUGGGGGCACAGUUAUGUAUGUUUGUAUUAAUAAGAGCUGCUUAUUUACAUAUUCUGUUAAUAUUCUUGUGUGUGUGUUUUAUGCAUUUGAAGGCUUUCCAGAGUGGAGUCAGAAGGGGCCUGUGUGUGUGUGUGUGUGUGUGGGACAAAAGAAAAGAGGCAUGAAUUGGCAUAAAAUAAAAUAUUACUAAUAAAUGAAUAAACAAAUAAACGUUAUGGUACAUAUCUUGCAGAGGUGUGCUGAACUUGGAGUGAGCAAAGGUCUGUGAUGCAGAGCCAGGCAUUAGGCUCAUGAUGCCGUUAGCAUAAGGAAAAGUAGGCCUUAGGCUAAUGCUAAAGUGGCAGUGAGUACAGAUAGGUUAAGAGCUAAGCCUUAGGCUAUUGCUGAUGGUGGAGUAGGCCAAAGUAGUUUUACAUAGCUUUAUCACUAAGCUUCUGACUUAAAAGUAGACACUAAAGUAGUCAGAGUAAGUUGAGGUAGCUGUGGAGCUAGGCCUCAGGCUAAUGAUGCCAUUAGUGUGAAAAAGUAGUUAGUUAGCCAGACCAGACUAGGCUUAUAAUGAGGUUAGAGUGAGCAGAUGUAUAUUUACAUGUAGGCCUCAGGUUUAUGGUAAGUUUAGGCUUUUUGUGUUAGAGCUAGGCCACAUGUGCACAUGAUGUAGUUUAAGUAAACGCUACAUUUAGAGCAAGGCCUUUGGCUCAUGAUGACAGAGUAAGGAAUAGGAUGUGUAACAUCUAGGCUUUAAUCUUAUGAGCAAGCAAAGGUAGGUUUAGAUAUAAUGUGUAAGAUGAUGUGUAAGAUGAUGAAACAAAAGGAAGUAAGGGAGCAAGGCAUUAGGCUUCUGAUGAAGUUACAGAAAUAAAAGUAGGCAUAGAGCAAGGCUUUGAAUUCAUGAUGUACUUUAAAUAAGUAAAAGUAGGCUCAGAGCUAGACAUGAAGCUUAUAAUGUAGAGACAUUAAGUAAUAGUAAGUGUAGACCUAGGCCUUAGACUUAUGAUGAAAUGAGAGUAAGCAAAGUGGGCUUCUGUCUAGGCCCCAGGCUUAUUCUGAGGUUAAAGUAAGUAAAAACCGUUAAUGGAAAGGGCUUUUGUCACCUCGUAUAGUUAUCAUGAAUGAAAGAAGGUAGGUGAAGGGUGGCUUACAGCUAAGCCUCAGGCUUUCAAUGUAGUGAAAUAAAUAAACUUGAGGCCUAUCUAUGAGGCUACUUUUGCUUACUCAAACUUUAUUGCAGGCCUUAUGUCUACACUAAUGUCUGCACUAUAUUGCCAAAAGUAUUUGCUCAUCUGCCUUCACACGCAUAUGAACUUGAGUGACAUCCCAUUCUUAAUCCAUAGGAUUUAAUAUGAUGUCAGCCCACCCUUUGC